CAAUUAGUUUUUCUCAAGUUGGCAGAACUUAAAGGUGAUGGGACCUGACCAUAGACAUAAUUUGCAUUUAAAAUUUAUCCAUUUAUGUUAUAUUCAGUAAUAAUUCUCUCAAUGCAACACUCAUAUUCAAUUUUAAUUGGGGCAAGUUAUUUAUCUACAAUUUAUCUUCUAUUAGUGUUAAUCUGUCGUUUCAAGUACUUCCCUCGGAAUCAUUCAAGUGAAUAGCGGCAACAUCGCUUCCAUAUCUACGCUUCCAACGAUUUUUCUCCAUGGGACAGUUGACAGAAUUAGUGGUUUGUUUUUGUUGUUUCUGUUCGAAUCUACAUAACAAAAUUGUUUAAGUGUGUGAGCUGUGAGUGUUAAAGUGUAUGAAAUGUUUAUACAUUCGUCAAUCGUGUCUAUACUGUCUAUUGCUUUUGGAAAUAUAACCAUACGUUGAACAUACUGUGGGUGUACCUGGGUAUCGAUAUUGGUGGCGUCCGUCCUCAGUCUUCAUGAAAUAUCUCUCGAAACACAGCCUAACGUGUGUCCUUCACUGCGUAGCAACGUGAACCCCGAAGAUCCCCGUUGAUUAAAAGACACCCAACAUGCCGGACCGAUGCAGCAUACCAGAAUGUCGCGCGAUAUCGAACAGGAUAAACGGCAAACUGUCCAUGUUCCGCCUGCCGAAGGAUGCAGCCCUUAGGGCCAAAUGGCUGAAGAGCAUGGGCAAGAAGGACUGGAACCCCGCCGAGAAGGCUGUGAUAUGUGAGAGGCACUUCGAGCCCUCCUGCAUCUCGAAGAAGGUCGGAGAGGACGGCUCCUUGGAGCAGAACGGCAGGAGGUGGAAGUCGAAGAUAACCCUGGGAUCCUUGCCCACCAUCCUGGUGCCACCGGGCACUCCCGCGUUGCCGGUCCAAGAAAGGGUUAGGCGGAGGAGGAGGGGGAAGAAUAAGAAGCUGUUGGAGGGUAGGAGGAGGAGGGGGAGGAAGAAGAAGAACGUGGAUGAUUUAGAUUCCAUGCCCCUUCAGCAACGUCUGACGGCCAUAUCCAGCGCCCAAGAGGCCCCGGAACCGGAAAAACCCGUUCAGACCCUGAAGAGCCAGCCCUUGUCCCCCACGAAACUGAAGGUGACCAGACAGUCGACCUCCAGAUCCCAGCAGCAGCAACAGCAGAAGCCUGCCGGUGGUGAGGUCCAGGAGCCGGUCAAAGAGGAGAUCUGCCUGAAAUGGAACACGCACCAUUCCAACAUGCAGACCGCCUUCCCGGCCCUGCUGAACAAGGAGCAGUAUUGCGACGUCACCCUAGUCGCCGAAGGAGUAUCCUUGAAGUGUCACAAGUUGAUCCUUUCGUCGUGUAGCUCUUAUUUCGAUGAGGUUUUGGAGAAGGUUGUACCGUAUCAACACCCGAUUAUAUUCAUGAAGGACAUUCCAUUCAAUAUCAUGAAAGCUCUCUGCGAUUUUAUGUACGUUGGUGAGGUCAAUAUAGUCCAGAGCGACCUGGAUCAAAUUCUUGCCGUUGGAAAUUCCUUGAAGAUCAAAGGUCUGGCCAGCAGAUCUGAAGUGAAAAACCCACCAACCGACAAUGAUAACAAUACCAGUGAGCCCCAAAAAAUCCCGACCAAACAGUCUAAAGCCGGUACGAAACCUACAGUCUCAGAGAAGAAUGCCCCGGUGGUGGAUGAUGUUGACAUAACGGAUCCCCUGGAUCUGAUGGAACCGACUUACGAAGAAGCUGCCACUCCUGAUGUCCCAGCUCCGGUCCUCAAACGAAACGAUCAGGCUAGGAAAUCGACCGGUAGAAGGGUCAGGAAGAGGAAACACGUGGAAGUGGACCAUGAACCGUCACCACCGGUGUUCCGCAUGAGGAAGGGCACCAGAUCUAGACCCAACGUGAAGGUUCCCCGGUACUUCAAUGCCAAUUUUGAUAAUUCUGCACCGGCACCUGCUCCAGAACCCCCAGAGUAUCCUGAAACGAUAGAGCAGGAGGAGUCCUACAUCGACUCCUACAUGAAUAUCUUGGAGCACAUUAAAACCGAACCUUUGGACAUCGAAGACGGUCUGAUAAGCUUCGAGGAGGAAUCGUUCAAUCUAGAAAUGUCCAAUACGGAGACCGAUGUGGGGCAGUUGGAUCAGGUGCCUCAGAGUCAAGAGACGUUGAAAGUGGUGAAAAAGAGGAAACUGUCAAGAACGAGUGCUAGGGCAAAACUGGAAAAUCCAGAUCCUUUACGAGAUGUUGUUCAUGAUUCGGAAAAACACACGCCAGUUGGUGAAACGACAGCAGAUACUUGUGAAAGGGUUGAAAGUCAAGAAGAAGGUAGCUAUAGGGAGGAAAUUUCAGGGCACAACGACACAGGAGGUUCGAUCGAUGAAGAACGUAGGGAUGAAUUUGAUACACAAGUAGAAACGGAAGGAAUGCAUAUAGAAAACAGUGAUGAAAUGGAGUUAGAAAAAGACAGCAAUGACCAAAUGCAAACAGAGAAUAGCGAAGAAGAAGAAAUAAACACAGAGAACCCUGAAAUAGAAGAAAUAAACACAGAGAACCCUGAAACAGAAGAAAUAAACACAGAGAAUACUGAUAAAGAAGAAACAGGCGUAGAAAACAUAGAAAUACAAGUGGAAAAUGACAAUCAGGAUAUCAUGAACAUAGAGAACAAUGACAAUUCAGGGAUGAGCAAAAUUGUAGAAAACGAAUCAGAGAAUAGUGACACACAGAACUCCGACGAAGUAACCAAUAUAAAUCAGGUGGAAAUUAACUCAAAUCAUGAAACUCAAGUGGAUAGUACGAUUGGCGAAGAAGGAAACGUUGAGGAUGAAAUUAGUGAAAUAGGGAAAGGUGAAAAUUGUUGCCAUGAAAUUAGAAUCGAGAAUAGUUACACGGAUGAUGCUCAAGAAAAUGUUUGUGAAUAUGAAGGAGUGCCGGGGAGGGAAGAUGACGUUGAAGCGAAGAGUGACGCACAGGAAGACGGUAUUAGUGUUGAGAAAGAACAAUCAACCUCAGUACCGGAAGAAACGACUGAAUUUGACGAAUGUAACAUAGAUAUGGAAAAUAUUGUAGUAGCAAGUACCGAAGAAAAAUCGAUUGAUGAUAAAACUCAGGAAAAUGAUAGUCCUCAGGAAGGUAUUUUAACGAAUUCCACAAUAGAAGAAGAAAGUAAUAACAGCUAAGUUUAAAUAGUAAGAAGGGAGGCUACUUCAUAAAAUUGAACAGAAUUAUAAUUAUGUACAAAAUGAUUUUAAAUAUAAGUAGAUGGUAUUUUCUUUUCUGAAGACACCUGUUUAAUUUUUUUUUUGGAAUAAACUGUUUUAUGUUUUUCA